ACUUUUCUAAAGUUCUAACAAAUGUUCUCAGUUAAUUAUUUUGAAAAUUUAAACAAGGCAGUUUUAACCUUACUGUAGGACUCAACUCUAAAUACUGUUAGACCUUCUAACUUUAUUUUUUUUUAAAGUAAUUUUAAAAGCUCAACCACCAAAAAAGAAAUCUGACUUUAAAACUUAUUUUUACUCCGAGAUCAUUCUGAGGUUAAAAACUUUUUUAAAGUAAUAAGAUAUAGUUUAAUACCUAUGAUACUGUUUUUGAAAUCAAAGAUUUGCAUAGCUACAGUAUAUAGGGAAGCACUGGCAUCUAACAUUGAUUUGGAGAAAAAAUAAGGUUAAUCUUGAAAAAAUAAUGCCUAUAACGUUACAUAAAUCCUAAUUGGAAAUAAAAUCAGUUAACAAAUAAGCAUGUGUCCUAUACUGUGCCUAAACUCCUGCGACAUUGGUGUCUCAUAUUUUAUAACAGUCAGUGCAGUUUGGGAAAUAAAUCAAUAAAAUCUGUAGCUAUGUGUGUGAAAAAAGAAUUCAGGUGUAACCCCCUUUGUAAUCGUUAACAUUUUCAUAAGCAACUGUAAUUUAAUGACAGUUUUUUUUUACCCAGUGACUGUAACAGAUUACAGUUAAAUGUAUUUUGUAGUUCCAUUACAUGCAACAGGUUACUCCCCAACACUGACGGCGAUGUCUAUGAAUGUUUUUAAAAUUCCAGUCUUUUCUCAUUUGCUGAACAAAUCCUUCUACAACAAAUAUGCUUGACAAAACUACUAACUACAUAAUUACAAAUAUGAUUCGAGUAGUUCUUUCUUCAUCUCAGACUGUCAGCUUUUAUUAAAGCCGUUCUGUUAAGUUCUCAAACCAAACCAGGACCCCUGCGCGUGCUCACUGCACAUCCUGAAAAAAACUACAACAAUCCUUUCCAAGUUACAGGCAUCAGUCUGUCCUGCUGGUAACAGGCUGAAUAACGUUACACCGGACAGGGAACAAGCUAGCGGCUGCGUUGGGCCAGUCUUUUCUGCCAAGCAGAAAGCAGUGAUCGUGCUAAAAGCAGAGGUUAGACCUGGCCAAGCAGAGUCACAGCAUGAUUCGCAUCUCCCGUGGGUGUUCGACAAAGAGAACGGCGAAAUAAUCACUGCUCACUGCGACUGCAAAUCCGGAUUUUAAUUUUUUGUUGAGCCGUGCCACCAUGUUAGUGCCCAUCUUCACCCUUAAACUGAACCAUAAAAUUAACCCUCGCAUGGUUGCCAUUGGAAAAUAUGAUGGGAUACACCCAUGCCUCACAGCCGCCACGCAAGCAGGGAAGGUUUUUAUCCAUAACCCUCACACUCGAGGCCAGAGGCCAGCAGCCCAGCGGCUGAGUCAGAGUACCCAGGACUCAGAUAUCUCACUCCUCAAUAUCAACCAGGCUGUGAGCUGUCUGACGGCUGGUACUCUGGGGCCCAAAACCACAGGACACACGCUACUCGUUGGCUCUCAAACCAACCUGUUGGCCUACGACGUUCAUGACAACACUGACAUCUUCUACAAGGAGGUGACUGAUGGGGCCAAUGCCAUUGUUCUGGGAAAACUAGGAGAUAUCCAGUCCCCCCUCGCCAUCAUUGGAGGAAAUUGUGCUCUGCAAGGUUUUGACUUUGAGGGAAAUGACCAGUUCUGGACAGUCACUGGGGAUAAUGUGCGAUCACUUGUGCUUUGUGACUUCACUGCAGACGGCAAGAAUGAACUUCUUGUUGGUUCAGAGGACUUUGACAUCAGGGUGUUUAGAGAGGACGAACUAGUGACUGAAAUGGCAGAAAAUGAGACAGUCACGUCCCUUUGUCACAUGCACGGCAGCAGGUUUGGUUAUGCUCUGGCCAAUGGGACAGUCGGAGUGUAUGACCGCACUGCCCGCUACUGGAGGAUCAAGUCUAAAAAUCACGCUAUGAGUAUCCAUGCCUUCGAUCUUAACGCUGAUGGUGUUGUUGAGCUCAUUACUGGGUGGUCCAAUGGAAAGAUUGAUGCUCGCAGUGAUCGCACUGGUGAGGUGAUCUUCAAGGAUAAUUUCUCAUCCUCUGUGGCUGGGGUUGUUGAGGGAGACUACCGCAUGGAUGGACAGAUCCAGCUUAUAUGCACCUCUGUGGAGGGCGAAGUACGUGGCUAUCUGCCUGCAAGUAAGGAGAUGAAGGGAAACCUAAUGGAUGCAAGUGUAGAACAAGACCUGAUCAGGGAGCUGAGCCAACGUAAACAGAACUUGAUGCUGGAAUUACGAAACUAUGAGGAAAAUGCUAAGGCUCUUCCUGGUGUUUCUGAGGGGGAAUCUAAGAUGGGAGUAAUUCCAGCCAACACGCAGCUCCAGACAGCCUUGUCUGUACGAAGAGCUACAGAGAGCCAGAGAGCACACAUAGAGCUCAACAUCUCCACUCCAAAUGAAACCAUCAUUAGGGCCGUGCUGAUAUUUGCUGAAGGGAUUUUUGAAGGCGAGAGUCAUGUGGUUCAUCCAAGUGCUCAAAAUCUCUCCGGCUGUGUCCGUGUCCCCAUCAUUCCUCCAAAAGACAUUCCAGUGGACCUUCACAUUAAAGCCUUUGUGGGAGGGAAGACAAGUACACAGUUCCACGUGUUUGAGAUCACACGUCAGCUGCCUCGCUUCUCUAUGUAUGACCUUAACGUUGACCCCUCAGCCGUGCAACCCACAGGAAAAGUCACAUUCAGUAUCAAUGACAGACCACAGAGGGUGGUUAUGUGGCUAAACCAGAACUUUCUGCUGGCCGAGGGCAUAGACAGUCCAGAUAUUAUAUUCACUGCACUACGUGGAGGAGGUCUACUGAAAAUCAACAUGCAGCCUAGUGGAGAGAUCACCCUGAGAACAGAUGACAUUGAUCUUGCAGGAGAUCUGGUCCAGUCGCUUGCCUCUUUUCUGGCUAUAGAAGACUUACAGGCUGAUGCUGACUUUCCUAUCUACUUCAAAGAGCUACGUGCCACUCUCAUUGAGGUGGAUGAGUUUCACUCGGUGCAUCAAAAGCUCACAGCAGCAAUGGCAGAUCAUUCCAACUACAUAAGAAACAUGCUGGUGCAGGCAGAAGAUGCCAGACUCAUGGGUGAUUGGAGAAACAUGAAGAAACGCUACAUUGAGCUUUAUGACCUCAACAGAGAUCUGAUUAAUGAAUAUAAAAUCAGAUCUAAUAAUCACAACGCCCUUCUUGCCCGACUAAAAUCAGUUAACCAGGCCAUACAAAGGGCAGGGAGACUGAGAGUGGGAAAACCCAAAACUCAGGUUAUCGCUGCCUGUCGGGAUGCCAUCAAGAACAACAACAUCAAUGCUCUUUUCAAGAUCAUGAAAGCAGGGACUGCCUCGUCCUGAGAAAAUGACCUUCAAGCACAAAAGUCUGGAAUAUCAGACCACAGAGACCUCAAAACUGUCUUGACGUGCCCAGUAUCCUUGUGGGAAAUGAAAAAGGACUGCAUGAGGGGAUAUAUUUGGAUUCCAGCCCUCAUCUAACAGCAGUUUUGUGUUAAAGGAAAAUAACUGGCCUGGUCUGUCAGUACUGUAUAAUCUUAAAUUGAUAGCCAAAAAUACUGUAAUUUGUGUACCAAGGCAGUGUGUGUGUGUGGGUAAAACUUGCUUGCUAUUUUAUCUGUAUACAAGCAACUUCUGAAUUAAAUUAUUAUAUAAAUGUG